UCCAUGAAGUUGGUUAAGAUGUCGAAGCUCAAACUUUUUCUUAUUCUGUUAUGCUAUACCCUGACAUUGGUAUCCAGCCAGAAGGGCCCUCUUACAAGUGCCACUUUCCAUGUUCAAGAACAUACUGGUCAAUCCUUAAUAUAUCAGUUUGAGAAAACAGACUCCAGGUCUGUAACAUUUGUACUGGACGGUGAAAAAGAUGGUGUCAUCGACAUUCUACCGAAUGAUGGGUUACUGAGGACAACGGGCCCUCUGGACUGGGAGAAGAGACAAGUCCACAGAUUACAGGUGAAAACUGUUGACAACAGAGGAUCUUUAAUUGAAGGUCCGUAUGAUAUUGCUAUAAUAGUAGAUGACAUCAAUAAUUAUGCACCAGCUUUUAACCAGAGCGAGUAUUUUGGUGAAGUCAGAGAACAAUAUAGGACAGGCAGGCCAUUUCUGAAAGUUUUUGCAACGGACAAAGAUGAUCCAAAAACACCCAAUGCUCAGCUUGUCUACAGGAUCAGAACACAGCUCCCAGACCCAGCCAAGGUCCCUUUUUUUCAGAUCAACAAUGUGACGGGCGAAAUUUCCACCACUAUAAAUGGAACUCAGCAUUUGAAGUUCGGGGAUAAGCCGUAUGAACUUGUUUUAGAAGUAUCAGACCUUUCAGAGAGACCCUUUACCGAUAACGCAAAGGUGUAUAUUACCAUAAAUGAAAAUCUGUGGAAACAGCCGGCACCAAUCACCAUCCAGGAAAACUCCACAAUCCCUCAUCCCUACACCAUCACCAAGGUCACAUGGAAUGAUCAGAGCGUCAUUUAUGAACUGCACCAAAGAGAUAAGUUGCCAAGGUUUCCAUUUGCUAUUGAUCAGAAUGGAAAUAUCAAUGUCACAGAACCACUGGACAGGGAGGAGCGGGAACUGUAUGUCUUUUAUGCCUUGGUAAAGAACUUAAAUGGUGUCACUGUAGCAAGACCCCUUCAGAUUGAAGUAACUGUUGAGGACAUCAAUGAUAACCCUCCAGUGUGCCCAGCUGCCGAGACAGUUUUUGAAUUCCAGGAAAAUGAAAUUAUUGGAGCCUUUAUAGGUAAGCUGGAAGCUUCUGAUAUGGAUGACCCCGACUCUACAAAUGCAGUGCUAAGAUAUAAAAUUCUGGAACAAUGGCCUCAUACAACAGGAAACCUGUUCCGAAUCACCUCGUACGAUGGUGAAAUUCAACUGAAUAGUGCCGACAUAGAUAUUCAGAAAGACAGCCAGUAUAGGCUAAAAGUGGAGGUGACAGAUGAAGGGAAGCCUUCUCUCAAUACAAGUUGUUGGGUGGUAAUAAAUGUGAUUGAUAUCAAUGACAACAUUCCCAUAUUUGAGAGUUCUGAUUAUCGGAAUGUGACAAUUCCAGAAAACGUUGCUUUGCAUACAUUGAUAAAGGAAAUCCAGGCCACAGAUGCUGAUGUGCCAAGAACUGGAAGCUCUGCUAUUGAUUACAUUGUAGACCAGGGAGAUCCGGAUAAAAGGUUCACAAUUGAAACAGAUCCAGAUACUAGUCGUGGAUACAUCAGAGUGGCUGCUCCUUUAGACUAUGAGACAUGUAAGGAACAUAAUCUAGUGAUAAAUGCGAGAAAUCCAGAACCCCUGGCUAACGGAAUCACUUACAAUGAAAGCUCCACCACACAUUUAAAGGUCAUUGUCACUGAUGUGGAUGAGAAGCCAGUUUUUGGGAGUCCACUAUACCAAGCACAGGUCUCUGAAGCCACUCCUAUUGGAACCAGUUUAAUGCAGAUAGAUGGCUUUGAUCCUGAAGGCGAUGAGAUUCGGUUUUCAUUGAAAGGAAAUAAAUAUAAUUGGCUUAAAAUUAAUGAAAAAACUGGAGUAAUCUACAGCGACGCCAACAUGGACCGUGAACGGGAAGCCCAUUACAGGGUGGAUGUAAUUGCUGCAGAGUCAAGAAAUCCUCAAAUGAGUUCAUCCGUAGUUUUCCAUUUGUACCUGGAUGACGUCAAUGACAAUUAUCCCUAUUUAGCCAAAGACUAUUACGAAGAUUUCUUUGCCUGUGAUCCACUGACAAAAGCUGAGUCCUUUGUAUUCAGUGCGGUAGAUGAUGACGAGCCUCUUCACGGCAUGUCAUUGAAAUUUCGUCUCGGUGGUGAUCAAAAUACAGCAAAUGACUGGGACGUUCAGUAUGUGAAUAGAUCUUUUGCCCGUCUGGCCAUGAAGCAUUCAAAUUUUCCAAAGGGUAUCAUCUAUGUCCCAGUAAUCAUUAGGGACAAUGGACGGCCACCAUUAGAAGCCAAUGUUUCUGUUCCAGUUCGUAUAUGCACUUGUACCUCUAACAAAAAGUGCGAGGGUGAUCCACUAAAUAAUCCACCGAUAUCAAACAUUGGACUGGCUCUUGGAAUUUUAUUUGGGACCCUGGCAGUAAUAGGUAUAAUAAUUGCAGUUGUUUUCGUAUCAAUCAACAAAAAGAAGAAGAAGGCCGGUGUUGCCAUCAAUGCUGCUGAGACUGUAAACCUGAGCUCCUGAGAGAACUUGUUGAAAAUUUUUAAGAUUUCACCAAACACCCCAAAGUUCCAUUUUAUAGAUGAAAUGAGGCACUUAUUUAAGCAUGCUAAAAGGAAGCUUUUUACUGUGGAUGUUUAUACUUUGAAAAUGAUGUGUUUAA